GCAGGUAGGACCAUGUGGCUUCCUGCAGCUCUGCUCCUUCUCAUCCUCCCAGGCUGUUUCUCCAUCUAUGGUCCGAGAACUGUGGGUGGUCCAGAGUGGGGCUCCCUGACCGUGCAGUGUCACUAUGACCCAGGGUAUGAGACCUACAAUAAGUGGUGGUGCCGCGGGGAAGGCUGGAAAUCCUGCGAAAUCCUCGUCAAAACCACAGGAUCAGAGCAAGAGGUGAAGAAGGAUGACGUGUCCAUCAAGGACAAUCACGAAAACUGCACGUUCACUGUGACCAUGAAGAAUCUCUGGAGAUUCGAAGCUGACAUCUACUGGUGUGGGAUUGAGAGAGUUGGCACUGACCUUGGGGUCCAAGUUGCAGUGAUCAUUUACCCAGAAUUCUGCUCUGCAACAUCUUCUUUGUGCUACUGACCUUCCUGAAGGUGCUGCUGCUUGGGGGCCUGCUCUGUGCUGUGCCGUGAGUGAGCAGGACUCAGAGGCACUACAGGGGGAAAUGAAGUCAGCCUGAGCCAGAGAUGCACAGCUCCCACCAUCGACACCCUCAGACCGGACAAGCGGCACCUCCUGGCCUCCUAUCAGGCAAUGAGCAGUGACUGUGGUUCCAGAGGAGAUAUAGGUCCCUGCAGUGGGGGAGAGUCCCCUGUCAUGGUUCCAGGAACACAAGCCCAUUCUCCCUCUGCCCGUGUAGCUCCGGGACCCUGAUGGGGCCUCUCCUCCGCCUGCCACUUCCACCUCGGGAGAAGAGAAAGGAAAGGAUACUGUAUCCCCUGUACACACUGACUCCUCGGAGGCACCUGCAGUCUCAUUGUGUGAAUCCUGCCUCAGCCUCCUUUCCUGUGGCUUCAGGAUGACUCCAAGAGAAUGGACUGUUAUACUGUCCAGUAGCUGAGGUCCCAGGGCAUUUUGGACUUUCCCGUGCCUGGAGGAGCUCAGAUCUACCCCUGGUACCUGUGACACUCCCCACCCCCAGCCAGCUCAGCCAGCACCCCCACCAGCACCCAAUCCUGGGUUUGACCUAAGCUUUGCUCUCUCCACCCCCGAGCUGUGCCCCAGCAAGCCCAGAAAGCUCACCCUUCACGUUUAACCUCACCCCGUUCACUCUUAAUGAAAUAACAGUCCAUGCCUUUUUCUUUUUUAGUUUUCAAAAACGUAUGUAUUUACCCUCAA